AGCUAGGAGCUAGUUGUGUGAUGUCAUGGGAGUGGCGGAAGUGGAACAUGAGUAGGAAAAUUAAACUGACUGAGGAGAAUUGCUAGAUUAGUUAGUACGUAAGUGCAGUGAGGUAUACGCGUAGUGCGGUUUUAUUGUGUGGUUGCGAUGAUCAAGUGCGUGCAUUUAUGUUAAUAAAAUGUAUUCGCCGCAAAUAAAAUAUUUUCUUACAGAAACCGUAGUGUAGGUAAAUCUCAAUAUGAAUUUAUAUUUAUUAAUUUGAGAGGCACAUAAAUUGGAGAUAAUGGGGUCAUUUCAAAAAUUAAAACUAUUGGUAUGGAAGAACUUCCUCCUUCAGAAGAGACAUAAAUUUCAAACAUUGUUUGAAAUUGCUUCACCUGUGAUAUUUUCACUAUUUUUAAUUUUAAUAAGAUGUCUUGUGGAUCCAAAAGAAAAACCGGAAAUUUCUUAUCCACCAUUUCAACCAAUGUAUUAUAAUGCUACUGGAAGAGAGAUUGGUAACAUCACAACAGCAAAACAACAAGGCACAUUAGCAUUUUCACCUGAUGGUGCAUUACCAAGGAAAGCACUAAAAGAUGCCCUAGAAUUUGUAGCAAUGGAGAACCUUAGUGGUCUACUUGCACUCCUGUUUGAUCCUAAAAUGCUGCCAGAACCUAAGGGAUUUAAGGAUGCUAAAAGUAUGGAGAUAGCUCUAACCCAGCCAAAUGCUAUGAAAUCUAUUCUUACUGGAGUACAAUUUGAAGAUAGCAUGGCCAACGCCACUAAAUGGCCCGAGAAUGUCGUGAUCACGAUACGAUUCCCCGCCACGAUGAGGACGCCGAUGGUCGACAACCCUAUAAGGCUAAGUUGGAGGACGAAUCUCUUGUUCCCUUUGAUCACAAAACCUGGCCCGCGAGAACCUGACGACAAAUAUGGCGGGAAAACACCAGGCUAUUCCCUAGAGAUGUUCUUAGCAGUCCAACACGCAGUAUCGCAGGCCGUAAUAAAAGAGAAGUUAGGAAAGCCGUUGGACACUAAAGUAUUACUGCAGAGAUUCCCUCAGUUAGCCUACAGAGAUGACCAGCUGUUGAUUGCCCUGGAGAAGUUUAUUUCCAUGAUAAUAAUGCUGUGCUUUGCGUAUACAUUUGUAAAUACUGUGAGGGUUGUGACUUCUGAAAAAGAGCUGCAGUUAAAGGAAACAAUGACAAUAAUGGGCUUGCCGUCUUGGCUGCAUUGGCUGGCAUGGUUCAUCAAGCAAUUCUCAUUCGUUCUCAUUUCCGUAAUUCUUAUGGUGAUUUUAUUGAAGAUACCAUUUAACUCCACCGAAACUGGAGUCCGCUACUCGGUGCUCACGUUCACGCCUUGGUCGGUGCUUUUCUUUUUCAUGGUGCUAUUCGUCAUCGCUUCAUUAGCAUUUUCUUUUAUGGUCAGCGUGUUCUUCACUAGAGCUAAUACCGCCGCGUCAUUCAUGGGCCUCGCUUGGUUUACGACAUACUCAGUGUAUAUGCUCACCCAAAUUAUUUACGAGGAUGUUCACUGGUUUAAAAAGAUGAUGCUGAGCCUAAUUUCGAAUGCGGCAAUGGGUUUUGCCUUUCAGAUGCUUGUUACGUGUGAGGGCACUUCAAGAGGCCUACAGUGGGGUGAAUUCUUCAAACCUAUAUCUUACCACGACGAUUUCAUGCCUGGGCAUGUGGCCAUAAUGUUGGUCCUGGACACAAUACUGUACAUGCUGAUUGCUAUGUACGUGGAGAAAAUAAUACCGGGGCGAUAUGGAGUGCCCCUGCCGUGGUAUUUUCCUUUUACGAAAAGUUUUUGGGUGCCAAAUAAAAUCAAAGUUGCAGAUUUUGCUAAUAAUUCAGAUGCAGAAUAUAAAAAUGCGUUGCUGAAAGUGGUUCAUGACGAAGAACCAGAUGCAAUACCCACGGUCAAUAUUAAAAAUCUUACAAAAAUUUAUAAAGGACGCAAAAAAGCAGUAGACAAUUUAAACUUGCGAAUAUACGAAAAUGAAAUCACUGUAUUAUUAGGACAUAAUGGAGCUGGGAAAACAACAACGAUAUCUAUGCUGACAGGUACCGUGCCACCAACAUCAGGAACGGCGACGGUAAGCGGCUUCAACAUCGUAACAGAGACGGAGCAGGCGCGCAAGUCGCUCGGCAUCUGUCCGCAACACAACGUGCUCUUCCCGGACCUCACCGUCGAGGAGCACCUCAUAUUUUACUCCCGGUUAAAAGGAGUGUCGCCUAGUCAGUUACAUAGCGAAGUAGAUCAUUUUGUUAAGCUGUUGGAGUUGGAAGACAAGAAAGACGCAUUAUCAAGUAAUCUAUCAGGCGGGCAGAAACGUCGACUCUCAGUCGGGGCCGCAAUGUGCGGGAAGUCGCGGGUUGUCCUACUAGACGAGCCCACUUCUGGUCUCGACCCGGCCGCCAGGAGGGGCUUAUGGGACCUCUUGCUCAAAGAAAAGAAAGGUCGCAGCAUAAUCCUCACAACGCAUUUCAUGGACGAGGCAGACGUCCUCGGCGACCGAAUCGCCAUCAUGGCCGGUGGUAAACUACAAUGCAACGGCACGCCAUACUUCCUCAAGAAACAUUACGGCAUCGGCUACAAACUAACCAUUGUAAAGGCCGAGAACUGCAACGUCGACGAUGUGACGAGUUUCUUCAACCACUAUAUACCGGAUAUUAAGGAAAACUCUAAUAUAGGUUCCGAGUUAACGUAUAUCCUACCAAACGAGAACGUUAGCAAGUUCCCUGAAAUGCUGAAACAAUUUGAGGAGAGAAGAGAAGCUUUGCAUGUUUCAAGCUACGGUCUUUCGGUCACCAGCCUCGAAGAAGUUUUUAUGAAAGUGGGAGCGGAAAAAACAGAUGGAACUUCAUCUAUUGAUCUGAAGAACAUGCAUAAUGACCACGCUAUAGUACCUAUGGACAAACACUAUCAAAACAAUUUAGAUACAGAACCGAUACAGAAAGAGAGAGGAUUAAAAUUGCUCAAAAACCACAUAAAGGCUAUGUUUCUUAAGCUAGCAUACAAUUCGACCAGGAACAAACUUACAAUGUUCAUACAAAUUAUAUCACCAAUCAUCAACAUAUGUUUAUCAGUAAUUAUAGCGAGGUCUUGGAACUUUAUUCGUUCGUUGCCCCCUUUAACACUUAGUUUGGAGAGUGGGUUUAAGAAAACGCAGACACUAAUAUCGUCCAGUCCUGACAUAGAAGCUGGUAGUAUGGGCCAAAAGUUUCAGAACGCGUAUAAAAAUUACUUCAAGCAAUCCAAGUACCCUGGCAUGUCAUAUAAUGACAUCGCAACAAUGGACAUGGGGCAUUACUAUCUGAAGCUGAGUAGAGAGGACCCAGAGCGUGUUCACUACGAGAACGUCAUAGGCGCAACGUUUGAGCCCGACUCCAUCACGUGCUGGUUCAGUAACUACGGGUACCACGACUCUGCCAUCUCGCUCGCACACGUGGAUGAUGCUAUGAUGCGUGCUGCUCUGCCCGGAAGCUCUUUGAAAAUCGUCAACCAUCCGUUACCAUAUAGCAUCGAGAAUCUUCUGAGAGUGAUGGCCACUGGUGGGACUAUGGGUUUUCAAUUUGCAUUCAACAUGGGAUUUUGUAUGGCGUUCGUUGCAUCGUUUCUGGUGCUCUUUGUGAUUAAAGAGCGCAUAAGCGGCGCGAAGCUCCUUCAGCGCGUCUCGGGCGUGCGGCCAGCCGUUCUGUGGGUCUGCGCUUUGGUAUGGGAGUGGAUAUGGCUAUUGACCAUCCAUCUUACCAUCAUCAUCACUCUGGCGUGCUUCCAAGAGGUUACGCUAUCCACGCCAGAUGAACUAGGAAGAGUGCUAUUAGUUCUCAUGGUAUUUUCGAUAGGAAUUAUACCUCUACACUAUGCAGCGUCUUUCUGCUUCGACGCAGCCGCUACAGGGUUUUCAAAAAUGUGCUUCUUUAAUGUAUUCACGGGAUGCAUGCCUUUCCUCAUCACGGAGGUGCUGAGACUGCCAGAAGUGGGCAGCCCGUUCUAUGCAAACUUGUUCGAUUGGAUAUUCUCCGUGCUGCCACUUUACUGCUUAUGUAGAAGCUUAAGAGAUAUGAGCGUGUCAGGGUUCGCGCUGACAGCGUGCGAUGCUCUCUGUGACCAAUUCGUGAACAUAGAAAACUGCACGAGACAUACCUUAUGCAGCAAGUUGAACAUCAGCGUGUGUUGCAUUGAAGACUACCCAUUUUUGGACUGGGCAGAGCCCGGAGUCGGUCGAUAUCUGUUCAUGAUGGCCUUCAUGGGAGUGUUGGUCUUCACCGUUAUGCUUCUCAAGGAAUACGAAGUUAUGAACAAGGUAUUCUACAAGACGAGCCCGCCACCGCCGCCGCCCGACAACGAUGAAGACCAAGACGUCAGGCGCGAGCGGGCGUACGUUCACUCUCCCAUCUCGGCCCGCGACAGUCUCAUCUGCAGAGAUCUCACUAAAUAUUACGGCGACUUCCUCGCCGUCAAUAGGCUGUGCCUUUCCGUACACAAAGCUGAAUGCUUCGGGCUACUCGGGAACAACGGCGCCGGCAAAACCACCACAUUCCGAAUGCUCACCGGCGACGUCAGAAUAUCCAGCGGAGACGCCUUCGUUCUCGGGCUGUCCAUCAAGACGCAAUUGCAGCAAGUCUACAGACAGAUAGCAUACUGCCCUCAGUUCGACGCGCUGCUAGACAACCUGACCGCACGCGAACACUUGCAAAUAUUCUGUCUCCUCCGCGGCAUCCCGACGCGGCUGGGCUCCGACCGCGCCUGGCAGCUCGCCAACGCGCUAGGCUUCGCUAAACAUUACGAUAAACAGGUGUAUCAGUGCAGUGGAGGCACAAAAAGAAAGAUCAGCACAGCAGUGGCAUUAAUGGGCGACUCACAGCUUCUUUUCUUAGAUGAACCCACAACAGGCAUGGACCCGGCCUCGAAGCGCCUGGUGUGGUCGUCCGUCAGCUCGGCGGUGCGCGCGGGGCGCAGCGUGGUGCUGACGUCGCACAGCAUGGAGGAGUGCGAGGCGCUCUGCUCGCGGCUCACGGUCAUGGUCAACGGCGCUCUGCAUUGCUUGGGAUCACUACAGCACCUAAAGAGCAAGUUUUCGCAAGGGUAUACACUCGUGGUAAAGUGUCAAGCUGGGCAUCAAAGGAGUAGCGAUUUGGAAAACAUCAAUAGCGUAAUAUUAGAACGUUUCAACGAAAUAACUCUUGUAGAAUCGUACCUAGGCAUCAACACGUACUACAUAAAAGACACGGGCCUGCAGUGGUGGCAGGUGUUCCACGUGAUGGAGGGGCUGCGCGCGCAACUCCCCAUGGAAGACUACUCCGUCACGCAGACCUCUCUCGAACAGGUGUUCCUCAAGUUUACUAGGACCGGCUCCAGUGCUAAACACAAAGCCGGGUAAGGACAACUUGGUUAUGUAUUUGAAGUUAAUUUUCUUUAAGAACGACGGGCAAAUGAUUAAGAAAUUAUAUUACGACCGUUCGGAAAAAUACCAUAUGCAUAAAGUGAGGCAAUAUAGCGUAGGUCUCGAUAUAUCUGAAUUGUACAGCGUACACCAUCGUAUAAUAUCUCGUGGAUCAAGUUUUUUUACUGUAUAACGAUAUUUUGCUCUACUACGUAGUCUACUUAUUUAUUCUUACUUAAAAAGUUAAGUGUCUAAAUUUGGUAAAUGAAUCUCUAGCUGCUCGCGUGCAGCUCGUUGUUCUAUAUUUUACUUGCGAUACCCAAUUACCUACGUAUUUAUACUGAUUAAUGUAAGUACCUUACGGGUAAAACCACAAAUCUUGCCGAAAACUAUAUACUUACCUUGAUAAUACUAAUGUAUAUGACCAACAUUUGUAUACAAAGUUAAAAACAAAGUUGGUUGUAUCAAGCGAUUAAAACAUAACAUACAAUCAUAGAUUAAGAAUUAAGAUAUUAUAUAAAGGAAACUAUAUAUUGAUAAAGUUUCGAGUUACCUAUUAAAUGUACUUAAAUUUGAAAUGGCUCCUUAAGAUGACGUUCAUGAAUUUAUCGAAUCGAGCAUAAUUUUUUGUAAUUGUAUAGGCUUUACUAGUUGCCUAAAUGGUCAGGUAUAUGAAAACAUAAAUAUCACUCGGUAAAAAAUCGGUCGAAAAUACCACAAAUCGACCUGAGUGAAUCUCAUCUCGCCUUACACAAGCUAGGAUUAAAAACUUUACAUGGGUAUUCAGUAUUCAUGUUACCGUAAAAACGAGUUUUUAAUGAAAAUUAGUUUCCGAAUCGUCCCAGUUAAAACGUUUUCACUAGUUAAAACUAGUUUUCCGUAAGGGAUCAGUGAAAACUAGUUUUAAUUUGGAUUUUUCACUCAAAACUAGUUUUUACAAAGUUCCUUGGUAAAUACUAGUUUUAAAUAGGGAAAACGUAUUUUAACUAAAAACGGUUUAUACUGUGACAUAUAAUUAUAUAGGUGUAUAAAUGUUUGUGAGUGUUUAGACGAUCGUACCGUUAUCGUUUCUGUGUUUUAUAAUGCCUUACCAGUGUUGUUAAAACAAACCUGAGGCGAUAGAUAAUAAACACUGCCAAUCUAGUCAGUUGCGUUCCUCUUCAAUGUAGAUGGCGCCACUUUAAUUUUGUUACAAAAUUCAUAGAAAAUGAGCAACAGAAUACUUUAAAAUUGUAUAGACGUAAUUGAAAAUACAAGAUCUCAAUUAUUUAUUUAUAAUGCUGAGUAUUGGCUACGUGAGAAGUUUGUGGUGGGACUGCAGGGGGAAAUACAUACGACAACAACGCACGGGAUGGGAAAAUGUGAAUUUUCGUGCGAUGACAUCUUCAUACUGUUUGAUAGCUGCGAACUGUCAGAUGACUAAUGUUCCCCAGACCCGUCAGGGCGGCGCUACUGUCAUGCACAGAGCGAAACCUUAAAAUCUUGUUACAUGUCAUAAUAAAAGUGGAAAUCAAAACGCUACACAAAUUAUGUGAUGUGUGAGACUGAGACAUGUCUAAAUCAAUAACAAUACAGUUUUUUAGAAGGGGAAGCAAAGUUUUUAUAUUGAUUAGCAGACUUUAUUAUUUAAUCCUUCUCUUUGCUUAGAACUUACUUUUAGAAUCUCUCAUGAUCUUACUUUUUAAAUUUAAGAUUCACUUCAACUACGAGUACACGUGUGAUUUAUUGUGAUGGAAAUUUUGAUUAUUAUAUUUUUACAUUAAGGAAUAUUUUUGAUGUCCAAAUACAUAAUAUAAUUAUGUCCUACGUAUAUACUGCGGCCUGAGCUCAAACUUCAAUAUACACCAACGAUUCCUUACGUGACAGACAAAGCGGUGCAUUUGCUAAAAGUGGACGCAUCCCUUCCUCACUACAAUAGUUGCGAAUUUGAGCCAUAUUGGAGUUUGUGCUCGGUUUUUACUAGUUAUAGUUUGAUAUUGAUUUUAUGACCUCAGAAGGGACCGAGCAAAAAACUGGCGCAUAGGUUUUUCUACAACACUAAAAUAGUACAUUACGAUACAAGUGCGAAAAAUAGAAAAUUCGAAACGAGUGGCGAUAAAUUAAAACACGACCGAAGGGAGUGUUUUAAAUCGACACGAGUUGCGAAUUACCUAUUCGCACAUGUAUCGUACAACGUUUUACAGUACAUAUGGCCCUUUAAAUGUUCGACACAGUAACGUAAUAUGCUACUUCUCGCACUAGUGCUAUAAAGUAGCCCCAUAUGUACUGUAAAAUAUCAUUAUAGGUAGGGUAUGUCACCAAAUUUUAAGUCUGACCUUUGUAGCAGGACUUUUUGUAAUAAAUGUGAUAUUCUAUUCUAGGCGUUUACCUAAAUAUGCUUGUUACAGUACUUCACCAUGUACUUAAACUGUAGAUAAUAGUUUGAGAUAUACAUUAUAAUUAAUGUACAUUAAUUUAUAUUUAAAAUUUGUACUUACUUGUCAUUACCAUCUUUUUUAAGGAAACGACCUGAAGGGCUAAGAUGGUCGGCUCUUUAUCAUUUGUCACCAUGCCUGUCACGUUCUAACAAGUAUCUAAGUUCGAAAGUGACGGGCAUAGUGACAGGUGACAAAAAUGGAACCAUGCUGCCACCGCUGCAGUGGCAACAUGGUUCCAAAUGAUAAACAAUUACACUAAAUCUUAGCGCUACUGGUUACCAAUUUUAAAUUUAUAGUAAUAAUGCAGAAGCUCUUAGUGGUCUAUACCACUAAGAAAUAUACAUUUUGUCGCAGUGUAUUUUCUUGACUAUUUAAGAAAAGUUACGAGGUCACUUAUCUUAUUUUAAAUCUAAUAUCAGCCUGGCUAAAAUGGUCGGUUUUUUAUCAUCUGUCAUCAUGCCUGUCACGUUCUAACAAGUACGUAAGUGCGAAAGUGACGCAUGACUUGACAAGUGAUAAAAAUGCGACCAUGUUACCGCAGCAGGUUCCAUUUCUUUAUAUGAAAAAGGCGCUUAUUAAUAAAGUACAAUUAGAUCUGUGAAAAUGAAUUAAGAAAAUUUGUUCUCGGUACUGCCAUGUUUUAGCCAUAAUUAACCAUUGUUCCUUAAUUUUUACAAUUAUUGGUUACUUUAAUAUUAAUUUAUUUAACCAUACCUACACUUAGGUACUAUAACUUGUUUUAUUUUACGGAACAGUAUCGCUAGUUAUAUCAAAUUACCUGUGUAAAUUAUAUAAAUUUGUCAUAUUAUCAAAAUACAUUUUUAUGCUUGAUCUGAUGAAAUGAUAAUGAAAUAAUUGAUCUUACAUUCAGAUAAGACAAAAAAAAGAAAAACUAUUCUUGUUUUAGAGCGGCGCCGAUGUUUUCUCUUGUCUUAAGUAAGAACAAAACAAAAAGAGGAUAGAUUACUACCUUGAACGCACCUUGUUACCACAAUUUAAAUGCAGGGCCAGUUUGCUUUAUAGAUGCGCUUUUUUAGUUUUUUUAUCAUACUACAUACUUAAAUUCUCCGGAUUGAAAUAUGUACUGAUUACAAUCAAAAAGGAAACCUUGUCAACAACCGAGGUUGUACAGUCGCCAUCAGAUAUAUCGGAGCUGCUCAGAUGCUCUAAAAUAUCUGAACAUACACUUUAAAAUCUUGAGUCUAUAAGGGCCUCGCUAGCUGAUGGGCUAGGAGGGGGGGUGGGGGGGCAUACGUUUAGUUAGAAAUUUUGUUCAGCAGACCCCCCUUCCCUACCUCCCUUGGCGACGCCCAUGACAGACGCUUAUUCAGAUAUUUGUAAACAUCUCGGCCGCUUCGAUGUAUCUGAUGGUGACUGUAACUUUAGCCUGAAAAUUGCACAUAUAUUUUGCACUUACAUCAUUUUUUCAUAUAUAGUAUAAGAAGUAAGUCUAUAAGGAAAGGCAAAACAGUGUGUUAAAGACGUUACAAUACAGUAUUCAUUAUUUAUUUGAUCUUUUGACGUGGCUUUAACGUGUUCUUCUAAGAUAACGUGUUAUACUAACGACGACCAGACGUUCCGACGGACCGACGGGAAUGCAGCUAUAUGUUAGACUGAAAUAGUAAAAAACAUCUCCAUCUCCACUUUUAACAUAUACCUAAGUUAGAACUCGUCGGUUCGUCAAAUGGUCCCGUCGUCUGUUACUCUAUAACCAAGUAUUCUCAGUGGUAGUUUUAUGUACCUACACCGUGGUGAAUGUAUUUUGUAUUAUCUUUGUGUGUAGUGAUAGAUGUAAAAUAAAAUAUUUAUAUUUUAAUACAA